AUGAAUACUAUCAUUGCUGUUGUUUCCAAAUUGAAGGGUUGCAUACGACAAAUCGAAGAAUUGAAUCCAAGUGGAGCAUCAGAGGAAGAUAUUAUGAAUCGUGCUCAAAUGUUAUUAGUACAAGACCCUAAUUGCUCAAAGGGCUUCAAAUUUGGACAUGUGUGGAGCAUUCUUCAAGGUAUUGAGAAAUUCAAUAGUGACAACGUCAAAGCUGCAUCUAUGAGAGUGCAACGACAAACUGCUCAAGCUGAUUAUUCUCAAUCAUAUAAUCUCGAGAAAGAUGUUUAUUCACCUUCAUCUCCACAUGUCUCUUCGUUUAAUCUUAACAUCGCUGAUUCAGACAAUGGUGGUACUUCAACUAAACGACUUAUUGGGGUGAAGAAAGAAAAACUGAAGAGAAAGAAUGAACAACAAUUCAGUAAAAUGGUAUCAUAG